ACAAACACUCAGUGCCGGGCUGAAGCUGAGGAAGCGCUGUGGACUCCAGCACAAUUGAGGAUCACAGGAUCUCUGGAGCCGCGGAGAGUCUCUCCUCUGCACGGUCCGCUCAGGUUGACAACUGCAGCAGCCUGCCCCAACACAAGCCCGCAUGGCGACACCUCCAACCCCGAAACCAUGCACCUCUAAAAGCUUCGACACACUGUCUUUUGUCUAGCCUGCGGGGGGAGAAGAAAGUCUGCAGGAUCACUUUUCCUUGACAGAGCGUAAAGGGAUUUUUUCUCCUUUUCUUCUUUUUUUUGUCAGGCUGUUUCUCGUUCUCCUUCCGCCUUUCACGGUCCACUGCUCGAUUUUUAGACUUUUUGUUUCCUAGGGAAGAAAGCGCCCCCGUUCCCCUGAGUCUACCUGCCCGUCCAGCACCCAUGAAUUCGGAUAAAAAUGUGUACCUGGGCAGGGACAAAGGCAUCAUGCGGAAGAGAGCUUUGCUCCUUCGGAAAGGUUGCAGCUUCGAGAUUACCAGCUCUGCCUCGGAGGACUUGGGCUGCAGACGUGGAGACUUCAGCAGGAAACACUAUGGCUCGGUCGAGCUGCUAAUUUCCAGUGACGCAGAUGGGGCCAUUCAGAGGGCAGGUCGCUUCAGGGUGGAGAAUGGCUCUACAGAUGAGACUUCGGACUACACUCCAGGAACCUGGAGGAGAACCGAUGUCCACCUGGAGAAUCCAGAGUACCACACCAGAUGGUUCUUUAAAUACUUCCUGGGAAAAGUUCACCAGAACUACGUGGGCACAGACGCUGAGAAGAAUCCCUUCUACCUGUCAGUCGUCCUCUCAGACCAGAACAAUCAGCGGGUUCCUCAGUACAGAGCCAUCCUCUGGAGAAAGACAGGCACGCUGAAGAUCAGCCUCCCCUACAGCCCGACAAAAACACUAUCAGUCAAGUCCAUCCUAAGUGCGAUGAACAUGGACAGGUUUGAGAAAGGCCCCAGGGAGAUCCUCAACCCGGAGAUUCAGAAGGAUCUGCUGGUGUUGGAGGAACAAGAGGGGUCUGUGAACUUCAAAUUUGGUGUCCUGUUUGCAAAAGAUGGGCAGCUCACAGAUGAUGAGAUGUUUAGCAAUGAGACGGGGAGCGAUGGCUUCGAGAAGUUUCUGAAUCUUCUGGGUGAUUCCAUUACGCUGCAGGGAUGGGCAGGCUACCGCGGAGGGCUAGACACAAAGAAUGACACUACAGGGACUAAGUCCAUCUACACAGUGUAUCAGGGCCAUGAGCUCAUGUUCCAUGUGUCCACCAUGUUACCCUACUCUAAAGAGAACAAACAGCAGGUUGAGAGAAAGAGACACAUUGGAAACGACAUUGUUACCAUAGUAUUCCAGGAAGGGGAUGACGCAUCGUCGUCCUUCAAACCGUCUAUGAUCCGAUCGCACUUCACCCAUAUUUUUGCAUUAGUUAGGUAUAAUAGCCAGAAUGACAGUUACAGGUUGAAGAUAUUCUCAGAAGAGAGUGUUCCACUGUUUGGACCGCCUCUUCCAUCUCCACCUGUGUUUACUGAUCACCAAGAAUUCAGGGACUUUUUAUUAGUCAAACUAAUCAAUGGAGAGAAAGCCACACUGGAGACGCCAACGUUUGCCCAGAAGCGACAGCGGACCUUGGACAUGUUGAUCCGCUCGCUCUACCAAGACCUCAUGCCUGACCUGCACAAGGUCCCUUUUUCUCCCCAGAACAUGUUGAACCGGCGGUCCUUCAGUGACGUGCUGCCUGAGUCUCCAAAGUCGGCACGCAAGAAAGAGGAGGCGCGGCAGGCCGAGUUUGUCAGGAUAGGGCAGGCUCUGAAGCUGAAGACCAUCGUGAGAGGAGACGCACCGACUAGCCUCGUUACCACGGGCCUGUGCAGAAAGGAGCCAUGGGAGUCCCAGCCGUUCUGCAGCACAUUCCCCUACGAAAUCGUGUGUGCCGACUCGUGGGGUCAGUCUCUACUGGUUGCUACGGACACGGCGGGGGUCAUGCUGCUGGAUGGGCCUGAUCCAGCUCUGCCCAAUGCUGAGACGCAGACUCUCCCUCCAGUGCAGGUGUUCGACAAAACCAUGGUGGUGAAGCAGAUGCACGUUCUCGAGCCUCAGGAGCUGCUCAUCACCAGGGCGGACAAAGGGAAGGACGCUCGGCUCUAUGUGUUCAGACUGAGCGCGCUCAAGAGAGGCCUGGAGGAGAAGCAGCUCGUCAGGAACAAGUGCGACAGCCGGGAGAACAAACUGGAGAAGACUAAAGGUUGUCAUUUGUACUCCAUCAACACCCACCACAGCUCUGAGCUGAGGAUAGUAGCAGCCAUCAGGAACAAACUCCUCCUCAUCACCAGGAAACAUCCCCGGUUUGAAGGCUUCAGUGCCGUCGCAGCAGGAGCAGACUCACCGGUGGAGGAGUUUCAGUACAUACGGGAGAUCUGUCUGUGUGAUCCGCCGGUGGUGAUGGCGUUGGUGGACGGGCCGACAGGGGAAAACGACAACAUGAUUUGCGUGGCCUACAAACAUCAGUUUGACCUGAUCAAUGAGAGCACAGGAGAUGCCUACAGGCUACACCACGUAGACGCCAACAGGGUAAAUUAUGUAGCAGCUAUUGAUGUGUAUGAAGACGGGGAGGCGGGUCUACUCUUGUGUUACAACUAUAUUUGCUAUUAUAAAAAAGUUUGUCCGUUUAACGGCUCCACACCGAUGAUCCAGUCCAACACCUCAGACUUCCACUUCAGCUGGAACCAGAUGCCCAACGCUAUCGUUUGUGCAUUCCCUUACAUCCUGGCCUUCACAACGGACUCCAUCGAGAUCCGACUGGUGGUCAACGGCAACCUCGUGUACACAGCAGUGGUCCCAGAGCUACAGUUAGCAUCUUCACGGUCGGACAUCUAUUUUCUUUCAUCUGCUCCGGUGAGCUCAGCGUCAAACUGCAGUUCCAGAGACACCAGUUCCCAGAGUUCCCCGCAGACGCCCACAGGCUACGAGAUGCCUGUGUUCCCCUCGCCGCUUGGUGACGAUUCUAUACGGAUCCCCUAUGGUACCAAGCUUUCCCUGUACAUGUCUAAGGAUGCUGAAGGUGAAGCGUCAUGUAAACACAUGUUCAAAAUCCCACUCUGCAACCUGGUGGGCCGCAGCAUCGAAAGACCCCUCAAAUCCCCUCUGGUCAACAAGGUGCUGACGACACCGGCCCCCUCCAUGGUGCCCCAGACUCCGCUAAUCUCAGCCCCGCACUCGCUGUCAUUGUCCCGCAUGGAGAUCAAGGAGAUAGCCAGCCGCACACGGAAGGAGCUUCUUGGCUUGACGGAGGAGCCGAGUGGGAAGCCAGACAGUGGAACAGUCAAACAGAGGAGGAUGAGCAAGAAGAACACUGAGGAAGAGCCCAAAGCACGAGCGCUGACAUCAACGAACAGCGAGAGGUUAGCAUCAGAUUCUGUAGACUCAGACCUGGACGUCCAGCUGCAUUGUUCACCCAGUUCGGAGGCGGAGCCAGAGAAGGUGGUGCUGCGAACGGAUAGCCCGACUCUUGCUAACGCCUUCGCCCCCUCCACAUCCUUUGAAGAAGAUGUCCUGGACCUAAAGUGAAGACAAUCCCAUCGUGCACUUCUCUGCCCUCACACUCCUGAAAUGUCACCAUUUCUGUUUUCUUUUCGUUUUUCGGUUGGUUUGUUUUCACUUUGUUGUUUGUUGAUGUCUCUGUUCGUUUUGUUUGUUUAAAUCCCGGUAUCCUGGGUCUCCUAUUCAUCAGACGAGAUGGGCGCAGACCAGUGGGAGUCAGAUGACGUGUCUGUGUGUGUGUGUGUGUUUGUUUUCACGAGCAGUCCCUCUGCCACUAUGUGUUGGUUGUUUGUGUUGCCCUGCAGCAAAUCACCCAAAGAGGCUAUGAGUUUGUGCAAAAUGCCUUGGUUUAUUCAGAGUUCUGCAGCAGCCUAGAGGUAAUGCUAAUGGUUUGAUCCCGAACCACAAACUGAAUGUAAAUCUACGCACCGAGGCACGACAAAAAUCCUAUUCCCAAUGUCAUUGGAAGUUGUUAAAGCUUUUAUUGUGUUGUAUAGUAUGUGAUUAUUUCCAAUCCACUAUCAGAUGUUGUAUGAUAUGCAUAUGUAUGUGUACAUCUGUUUAUACAGAAAAUGCUCACAAUGACAGGUGUGUAUGCCUGUCAUGCCUGUGGUGCAUAUUUAUAGAUAUAUUAUAAAAAUCCAUUUUAUUCCCAUAUUUAGUAAAAAAUGACGUUUUAUGCUCUCUGCACAUACAAGUCCUUAUCCCUCUCCUUUUUCACAGUUUACAGGUAGACAGGGCUGGAGGCAAAGUCUCCCACAAGUGCCAUUUCCCAGCACCCUCCACUGAACUUCACCUCUAACAGCCACCGAAUUAUGGUGUCUGACAGUAGCAGCCAUGAUUGUAGUCCACUUUAGAUUACUAUGGUGACCACAACUCCAUUCACACAUAACUUCACUAACUGGAGGCACUCUCUUAAAGCCACACGCACUCAACCUUAAACCUGCAUGAUCUGCCUUUGCUACAAGUAUUGUAUCUUCUGCGCCAAAAAAAAAAAAGCUUCUUUGGUAACCAAGAGGUCUGCGGCAUCAUACCAAACAUAUCAGCAUAAAGGAAACUACAGCUUGGGUUAAAGAGACUAUUGAAAUCAUGUGGGAGGGCCAAAAGGUACGAUAGAACAUAAAAAGAGACGAAAUUACAAAUUUUAGACUAAUCUAAAGUAAGAUAGUAAGAUAAGAAAUGUAAGAUAGAAAGAAAAUACUAAAUUAAAAUUGUGUCAAAUGGAAAGUGUCUGAGAACAAACGUCAGACACACAGGAGGGUCUCCAGUUUGGGAGCCUCAGAAUUCCACCUUCUCUCUUUGCAGAUGAUGUGGUUCUGUUGGCUUCCUCAGGCUGGGACCUCAAGCAGGCACUGGGGCAGUUAACAUCUAAGUGGGAGCAGCUGGGAUGGGAGUCAGCACCUCCAGGCCAGAGACCAUGGUUAACUGCCCCAAAUUGGUGGAUUGCUCACUCUGGGUGGGGAUUGAGUCUGUGCCCGGAGUGAGGGUAUUCAAGUAUGGCAGGGUCUUCUUCAAGAGUGAGGGUAAAAUGAAAGGAGCAUAAGAUUGGCAGGCAGAUUGGUGAUGUGUCAACAGUACUGGACUGUUUUGUUGAAGAGGAAGCUGAGCCGGAAGGCAAAGCUUUCAAUUCACCAGUCGAUCCAUGUUCCAAUCCUCACCUGUGGUCAUGAGCUGUGGGUGGUGACCAAAAGAGUGAGAUUGCAGAUACAAGCAGCUGAAAUUAGUGUCCUCCGAAGGGUGGCUGGGCUCAGCCUUAAAGAUAAGGUCAGGAGCUUAGACAUCUGGAGGGAGUUCAGAGUGCAGUCAUCUCUCCUUUGCAUCGAAAGAGGUCAGUUUAGGUGGUUUGGGCAUUUGAUAGGGUUGCCUCUUGGAUGUGUUCUAGGUGUGUCCAACUGAGAGGAGGCCCCAGGGUAGACCCAGAGCUUGCUUGAGGGACCAUAUAUCCCACCUGGCCUGGGAACGCCUUGGGAUCCAUCAGACAGGGAAAACGGUUAAUCAUCACUAGAAAUUGUGUAGAACUGAGCAGGGCUUUGAAGAUCCACUGAUGCCAAAGGCAACAGACUGGGGGCUGUAUUUCUGACUAUGCGUAUGUUGGUAUGACAGCGCCUCUAUGUGGUGGUUUCACAACACAGCAGCCUCCAGAUCUUGCAUGAGCCUCCUCCUCCCCUUCUUUCCCCCUCACGCCUCUCCUCUGUCUCAGUAUGAACCCCUCCAACACUAUAACACAACUCAGAAAAACUAAAAAAGGAAGAUGAAGAAGAAAAACGGGAUUGGGGGAUUUUUACAAAGGUACUCUUUAUUACUCUGAACGGGUGUGGGUGACUUGGGGAUGCCUGGAAGUUACAGUUUGUAACACCGCUUCUCCUAACUCUGAUGUUCCUCUUUCUCCUGUAUUUCUGUCGAGUACUCUUUGUUUCUACCUCCCCUUGGCAUUUUCACAGUUACUAUUUUUUGGUUUUGUUUUUGUAUUUGAAUCUAUAUUUACUGUUUAGACUGUUGCUGAACCUCUCUGUGAUAUCAAAACAAAAGAAAAAUGAACAAAAAAAACACCAAGUGUCUUAAAAUAUUGUAUCGCCAUCGUUUUUAAUGCCAAGUACUACUUGUAAAUGUUUGUGUAUCAAAUGUGGCCUCAAAUGAAACUGAACUAUAUUAUUAAUAUUAUUAUUAUUUGAGCAAUUAUUUUAAACAAGUGCUGUAGACCACUGCUGUGAAAGUAGUCGAUUCUGUUCAUUGAUAUGUAAUAAAUAUUUAUGAAAUUUGAA